AUAUUCAUGUUGUUCGGCAUAUGCCCUGGGGCGACGAGCUGAAGGAUAUGGGCGCGAACGCUGCGAGUGCUUCGCCCACGUCGGACCUGCUGGUGCUGCAUGCCGAUGUGGAUGCGUUCUUUUGCCAGGUUGAGGCGCUGCGGCACCCGGAGGCCGCCGCCCUGCGCGGCACUCCGCUGGCGGUGCAGCAGCACCAGGACAUCAUCAGUGUGGACCACAGCGCGCGGCAGGCGGGCGUCGUCAAGCACAUGGCGCCGGCAGAGGCCCGGCGGCUGCUGGCGGCUGUGGGCGGGCGGGUGCUGCACGUGUACUGCGAGGACGGCACGCGGCCCUCGUACCGGCCGUACCGCGAGACGUCGGCGGCGCUCAUGAGGCUGUUCCGAAGUCUGCUGCCACCGGGUGCGGUGCUGGAGCGGGCGUCCAUUGACGAGGCCUUCAUCGCUCUGCGGCUGGGACCACCGGCUGCUGCGCCGGGGACGGCUGGCGCGGCGCCUGGUGGUGUGGGUGCGGCGGGUGCGCCAGAAGCAGGAGCAGGAGCGGCAGCAUGCUUGGAAGCACAAGCAAGGCUCACAAGCUGCGGCGGCAGCAGUGGCGGCUCGGAACCGGCGGCCCAGCAGGAGCAGCAGCAGGGCGCUGCAGUACGGCGGGCGGUGGAGCUGGGGGAGCGGCUGAGGCGGGAGGCGCUGGCGCAGCUGGGGCUGCGCGUGUCGGUGGGCCUGGCCGCCAACAAGCUGCUGGCCAAGCUGGCCUCGCGCGCCGCCAAGCCGGACGGACUGCGGGUGCUGCUGGACGGCGGGGAGGUGGCGGCGCUGCUGGCGGACACGCCCGUGGCGCGGCUGCCAGGCAUGGGCGGCGCCGUUGCGGAGGCGCUGGCGGCGGAGGGCCUGCACACUGCCGCCGACCUGCGCGGCCACGGCGCGGCGGCGCUGCAGCGGCGCUUCGGACUGCGGCCGGCAGUGGCGGAGGCGCUGGCGGCGUGGGCGCACGGAGUGGACGCUCGGCCUGUGGAGGAGCGCGGCCCGCCCAAGGCUAUACAGGUGCAAAUGACGCUGACGCCCGUGCCCCGACCGGCGCCGGCGGUCAUGGUGGCUCGCGCCGUGGAGUCGGGCUUUGAGUGGGGCGCUGUGGCGGGUGCCGGAGCGGGUGCGGUUGCGGGUGUGGGUGCUGCACCAGGUUCCGCCGUGCGGUCGCCUGCUGCAGCACCCAUCCCCGCAGUGCUAUCACCGCCCUCGCCCUCCUCCACAGCUGCCGCUGGUGGUGCUGCUGCUGCAACGGCAGCGGCUCGGCGUAUGCUGAUGCCGCUGGUGCCGGCCAGUGGCGACGGCUGGUCGCGCCUGUCCCGGCUGGCAGCGAGCAUGGCCGGAGACCUGGUGGCUCGGGUGCUGCUGGACAGGCACCAGGAGCAGCGCUGGCCCGCCAAGCUGCGAGUGGAGCUGUCCACUCACGGCCCCACCGGCCGCACCGCCUCCCGCACCUGCGCAUUCCCCGCGCCCUCCCUCGCACCCGCGCUCACGGCCGCCGGAGCCGCGGGAGCGGUGGGAGCCGUAGGCGGCGGCGCCGCGCCGGCGGGUAUGGGCGGCAGGAGCAGCAGCAACAUUGAAGGCGACGGCAGCAGCCUGGGCGGAAACGGCAGCAGCCAGCGGUCCCUCGGCAAUCUCGGCGAUGGCUCAGGCGUUGUGGGUCCGGCUGGACCGUCCACAACAGCUGCGGGUGUGGGGCGGCAGGGUGCGGCGGUGGCGGUGGCACCACGCGGCGCCAGUGUGUAUGGCAGCGCCGUGCAAGGGAACGAUGCUGGUGGUGGCGGUGAUGGUGGCGGUGGUGGUGGCCAAGGGCUCAUCGUGGGCGAGCACACCUUCUUUUCACCAGAGCUCUCGAGCGCCCUUCGCGAGGCGGUGGUGGCCAACUGCCUGGCGCUGUGCGGCGCCCUGCUACCGCCCGACCAGGCCGCCCUGCCGCUGGUGCAGCUGCACCUCACAGCUGGCUCCUUCAGGCCCUACCGCGCCCUCGCCGCCGCCGGCUCCAUCCGCACCUUCCUCGGCCGCCCGCCAGCAGCUGCCACGGCGGCAGCGGCUGGUGCGGCGGCAACGGCGGCGGCUCCGGCUACUGUGGCUACGCCCGCCGCAGCUGCGGUCGUGGGCUCAGCAGCGGCUGCUGGGGCUGCUACAGCCAAAGGCGGGCUGCUGCCGCCUGCGGUGCAGUCCCGGGCUGGUGACAGAGGCACUUCCCGGGCGGUUGAGGCGGGAGGGGCAGGCUCGGGGCUGCAACUGCACCGGGAAACACCGGUGCAACAGCAGCAGCAAGCAGGCGGCAAGAGGCCGCGCAUGGCUGACGGAGUCGAACCGGCGAUGUGUGGGCCGUCGGCAGCAGCAGCACGGGUGGCGGCAGCGGCAGCAAUGGUACCGGCAGAGGUUGGCGGGGUGCAUGGCGGCAGAGCGCUGCCCAUGCAAGAACAAACAACACGCUUGCCGCACCCGCAGCCUACCAACUUGCAGCCUUGCUGUGAACGUCAGCAGCAACAGCAGGCUCAGCAGCCGCAGCCGCAUGCAGGGCUGGGGCCGCCACCACUGCCUCAAAUGCAACAACAGCAGCGGCCGCCGCGCACGCGGGCACACCAGCCGCCACGCCAUGUUCUUGCGCCCGCGCCGCCCAUCGACAUUGAAGAACUGCUUGCGAGGCUGUGGCCUCCAGACGAUGACAGCAGCGGUGUACGAGCGGCGGGCUUAGGGGCUGGAGGUGUGGCGGCGCUGCAGCCCGGUGGGCCGGGUGUGGAGAGCAGCGCAGAAGCAGACAUGGCGGCGUGGUUGGCGGCGUUUGGCGCGCCUGCGCUGCAGGAGUGGUGGGGCGGGUUGUGAUUGACGGAGAUAAUGCGUGGUGGGUGGUGUGUUCACCUCGGUGUUGUCGGACUACGCGGACACGGAAAAUGGGAGAGUUGGUUGUGUCGAAGACUGUUAAAGUGCCACUCAGGAUGCGUUGCUGACAAACCGUGCAUGUGUGGUAAUGCUGGCGGGUGAAGCGGGUGGAGCGUGUGCGGCGCUGUGCACCGGGUGCCGCGGUUUGGGGCUGCACCAAUGUCACCGACUUGUAAUGUGCUAAUGUAAUGUAAAGAGAACGCUAU